GUCCGGAUAGGCGCCCGAGGCCUGUCAACCUCGAGCCGCUCAUCGACUUGUGGUGUAGACCAGCGGUGAUCGCCCUUCGGGCCCUUCGGGGUGGUUAGUGACCAAACCAUCACCGGCCGAGCCACCUGGUUGCUUUCCGCGUGGAGACUCAAACGUGGCCCCGCUCUCGGAGACCAUCUGGCGCAACGUCGUGCAUCGAUAUACAUCAUCUGCCAUUGCCUACACAUUGGUGUACACGUGACUUGUGGGCAAGGGUGCCUGCACUGGAUGCCAUGUCCCUCCACCAGGCUGCUUCCCCACAAGAGCCCAGUACGGGCUGCCGGGAAUGCAAACGUCGCCGAAUCACCUGCGACCGCACAUUGCCCUCGUGCAAGAAAUGCGAGAAAGGGGGCAUCGAGUGUCCGCGCUAUGGACCGAAACCCUUCCGGUGGACCAAUUCCAUAGCAGUGCGCGGCCACUCCAAAGGCCUCAGCGUCCCUCACUACCCGCCUUCACCUCCUGCUAAAAGGAAGCGAAAGCGCAGUGACUCCCGCGAGGACGAAUCGUCCGUGACGCCACAAACAGCCCCUGCAUCCUCGUCCACCACCACCUCACCCUUCCAGAUGACCGAGCUCUCGUCGCCAACCGAGGACGACGAGACGCUCAAAUUCUACAUUUCCACCGUCGCGCCGAGCAACGUCUGGCUCGACUCGGACGGCAACGAGUACAAGCGGUCCAUCCCUCACCUCGCCAAGCGGCAGCCCGUGCUGAUGAUGGCCAUCCGCGCCGUGUGCAUGCGCUUGAUGGGCGCCGACGCCGCGCUGUCCGACGAAGCGAGCAACACCGCCAUCAUCGAAAUCACGCAGAUGAUCAAGCCCAUUGUCGCGCAGACGACCGACGCAACGCGGGCGCCGCACGAUGUGGACUUCCCCGACACCGAGCGGCUAGAAGCCCUCUUGGCGUCCAUGCUGAUCCUCUCCAACCACUCGCUCGUCUCCUCCAACCUGGCCGGGGCGCGUUCACACCGCGAAGCGGCGAGAACUAUCGUCCGGUGUCUACGGGCCGGCAAAGCGCGGAAACACGCUUUGAUCGACUUUCUCCAGAAUCAACUGGCGAUCUACGAAGUUCUAGCCUGCACGACCUUGACCAACGUCGAACAUAUUGAUGCCGCGAUUCUGCCCGAGAAACGAGACGACGAUGUCCUUUUUGGAGAGUACAUUCACAUCCUACAUAGAGUGACUCUCCUCUCCCUCCAAAGAUCCCCUUCCCCGACUGUCUACACCCGCGCACAGAUCAUCCCCGACUUCCAAAGGCAAUUCGAACUCGCCUUAGGCUCCACCCUCCUCGCAGCAGGGCCCCUAAUCGCAACCGCAAGCAAAGAGCUCCGCCAAGACUUCAUCCGCACCGCCCACCUCUACCACCACGCCGGCCUUCUCUACACAUGCGAGCGACUCCGCCUAGGGCGCGUGCACGAACCCUGGCCCACGAGCGCCCAGCGCCUCUUCGACAUCCUCGACGAGUUCCAAAACAUCACCGUCCAGCUGUACAAUCUGCCCUGGCCGCUUCUGAUCGCCGGCAUCGUGGCGUCCGAGAAUCCCGUCUGGCAGCGGAAAGUGGUGGACAUGUUCGAAUGGCUGACGCGGGACUCGCAUUACGAGCAUUACGCGGAUGUGCUUGCGUUCUGCCAGGAGCUGUGGGCGGAUCCGCGGCGCGAUUGGCUCGUGCUUGCGAGGGAGAGGGAAGAGAGCGGGGCGUCGAUUGUUAGUGUCUGAUUGUUGAGAUAUGUUGACGAUUCAUGGCACUUUUUCACUUGCAUGUGUUGAUUCUGGCGUCGUGACGCUGCGAUCCGUGGCGGUGUUGGAAGUCUUGAGGUAGUGUUUGCGGCUGGAUAGGAUC